AUGAAUAGAAGUAAAGUGGGUCAAUACACAAAGAAUUCGGGGAAACCUGUCUUAAAACAAAGAUCUAUUGCAUCAUUUUUCUCCCAGACCAAGAGAAGUCAUAGUAUUACAAAAACCCAUAAUACAAUUACAAAUCAAUCUGUACAGAAGAAAUCAAAUAGUGUAUCUACCAAUUCAUUCUUUAAUUCAAAAAAAUCCCUUUCGAAUUUGACUGAAGGAUCAUGCCAAUCUCAACCCAUCAUAAUUGAAGGUUCGAGACCUCAAUUAUCUAGAACUUCGACUACUUCAUUGUUUCAAAGCCAGGGCUCCUUUGAUGAGUAUGACCCCAACGAGGAGUUAAGAAAAUUGAUGAAUGGUCCUAAAUUAAAGAAUUUCAAAAGUCCAAAUAUAACAUCAUUUUCAAGGGUCCCAAAUUUCCAAAGAAGUAAUUCCUCGGUAUCUGAUCUUGGAUCUGCUUCACCAACUAAAAUAGAACAUGUAAUUACUGAGAUUUCAAGUGAAACCUUUAGAGAAACAACAAGUAAUGCUACACCCUCUCACAAGUUAAUAUUCACAAGCAGCACCCAACUUGAAUCUCCUACUAAAAGUGAUUAUUUCUCGCUGUCCCAGGCACCCGAACUAUCAUCUGAAUUUUCUACUUUAUCUUCUUCUUCUUCCUCCUCUUUUCCCACCUUUGGGUCAUCACACCAUCCUAAUCAAUUGAAUAGUUCGAAGAGAACUCGUUCAUUACAAGGCCUCAAUUUAAACACUGUUAAAAGAUUAAAACCAUUGUCUAACAGCAACCCCCGUGCUAUACAAAGUAAUAAUAAACAACAAUCAAAUAAAAAUAAUUCAAUAAUUUUGAAAUUGACUAAAGAACAACAAUAUGUGAUAGAUUUAGUGGUACAAAAACGCCAAAAUAUAUUUUAUACAGGAUCUGCAGGUACUGGUAAAUCAAUUAUUUUAAAUAAUAUUAUACACAAUCUGCAACGAAUCUAUGGGAAAGAAGCUGUGGCAAUCACGGCGUCUACUGGACUUGCUGCCGCAACUAUCGGUGGUAUUACAUUACACAAGUGGUCGCACACUGGUAUUGGGAAUAGAUCAGCAGAGGUACUUGCUAGAGCUAUAAGUAAAAGAAGAGACGCUACAAUGACAUGGAGAAAUACAAAAGUAUUAAUAAUUGAUGAAAUCUCUAUGAUUGAUGGAAAAUUUUUAAGUAAAUUGGAAUAUAUUGCUCGUGUAGUAAGAAAGAAUGAUAAACCAUUCGGUGGAAUUCAACUAGUAUUUACAGGUGAUUUUUUUCAAUUACCACCUGUGUCUAAAUCAAUAACUUCCAGUGAUUCAACAAAGGGAAAUUCAAAUGGAGAAGCUGAAGCUUUAUUUUGUUUUGAGAGUGAAGCAUGGAAAAAAUGUAUACAAAAGACAAUAUUAUUGACAAAAGUGUUUAGACAACAAGAUAAUGAAUUGAUCGAUAUAUUAAAUUGCAUACGUUUUGGAGAGAUUGAACAAAAAAUGAUUGCUAGUAUUAAAAAAUUAGAAAGAGAGGUAAAAUAUGAAGAUGGGAUUUUACCCACUGAAAUCUAUGCAACAAGAAGAGAAGUUGAUUUAUCUAAUAAACGUCAAUUGGAAAAUUUACCUGGUGAUCCACAUACUUUCCAUGCUGAAGAUCUUGCACCAAGAAUGAAAUUAGAGUUAUUAGAUUCUGCUGUGAUGGCAGAAAAGACUUUGGUGUUAAAAGAAGAUGCUCAAGUAAUGAUGUUAAAGAACAAACCUGACGUUGAGGUAUUCAAUGGUACUUUAGGAAAAGUUUUAUUUUUCACUACACAAAGAUUAGCCACGAAAUUUUUAGAGAUGUUCCAUACUAUUGAUCGUACUACAAUUGAAGAUAUGAGGCUUGUAAGUAAGGCUAUUCACAAUAAAAGAUUCAAGGAAGUACCUGAAUUCAUGGCAGAAUUGAAAGCCCGUGACUUUUAUCACCAUGGAAAAUUGGAAGAAAUGGUAAAUUACGCUAUGAAUGAGUCUGCUAAAGAACCAGCAUACCCAUUUGUUAGAUGGUCUAUAGGCAAGGGGAAAUUUUAUCAUGAAUUGGUACUUCCAGAGCCUUUUCCGGUAGAUUUGCCAGGUGAAGCUACUGCAUUACAGAGAACACAGUUACCUAUCAUGUUGUGUUGGGCAUUAUCGAUUCAUAAAGCACAAGGCCAAACUAUUCCGAGGUUAAAAGUUGAUUUAAAAAACAUUUUUGAAGCUGGUCAAGUGUAUGUUGCAUUAUCUAGAGCAGUGUCAAAGGAAUGCUUACAAGUUAAAAAUUUCAAUCCACGUAAAAUUCGAUCGAAUGAUAAAGUCAAAAAAUUUUAUAAGGGCUUAGAAACUGUAACACAGUUCUAA